AUGGCUCCAUCACCAGAGAAGAAGGAACUGAAGGCAAACUGGAAGACUGAAGUAGAGGUCCCGACUUUGAGCCUCGCAGAUGUUGCAAAGCACAACACCAAGAGCGACCUGUGGAUCGUUAUUCACGGCAAAGAGUAUGUGAGGGACCAUCCUGGAGGUCCAGACACUCUCAUCGAAGUGGCUGGCCAAGACGCAACGAGUGCAUACGAAGACGUCGGCCACUCGGAGGAUGCAAGAGAAAUCAUGCAUCCGUUCUUGGUUGGGGUUGUAAAGGAUGCCAAGUCAGACUCCGCCAACAAAAAGCAAGAAGUUCACGUCGUUCGCCGUGGCGCCAGCAAGAAUGAAUCUCCAAAGAGUAGCCUGCUCACACCGCGGAACGAAGCGGCCAUCUUCGCUGUGGGUACUGUGGCUGCCGUAUGGAYUGCUCGACAUGCCAACUUUGGCAACUUUCCAUCGAACCCAUUCCGAUCCAUCUUUGGGACUGGACACAUCCAAGGCGGAUUUACCUCUGGUUUCCUCCUUGCUAGCAUCACCUGUGCGGCUGUUGGGUUCAUGGGAUUCCGGUACUUCAACAACGAGACCGCCAGACGCUUCGGUGGUGAUUUCACAUCGUAUCCUGCUCACAUGCCCGCCUCCAAGACGGUCGUCUCGACGAACCGACCCGCUGGAGUGCUGAAGUCGCAGGACUAUCAGACCUUUAAGCUCACGCAGAAGGUGGAGCUAGCAAAGGACAUUUACAGAUUUGUGUUCGCCCUUCCUCAUCCCAGCUCGGUCUUGGGACUGCCCAUUGGCCAGCACGUUGCAAUUCGCGGAUCGUAUGACGAUGAUGAAGGACACCAGACGGUCUCGCGAAGCUACACUCCCGUGUCGAACAACUCUGAUCUCGGCCGGCUCGAACUGGUGAUUCGAUGCUAUCCCGAUGGCAAGCUCACCGGCAAUUACCUGGUCAAUCUCAAACCUGGCGAUGAUGUUGAGUUCCGCGGUCCCAAGGGAGCCAUGCGUUACCGCAAGGGGAUGAGCAAGAAGAUUGGCAUGGUAGCUGGAGGCACAGGAAUCACCCCCAUGUACCAGCUGAUCCGGUCCAUUUGCGAGGAUAAGACGGACAAGACCGAGGUUUCCUUGAUAUAUGCCAACCGCAGCGAAGCCGACAUUCUGUUGCGAAAACAGCUGGAUCGAUUCGCGGAGCAAAACUCCAAUUUCAAGGUUUACUACAUGAUUGAUGAAGCUUCACAGGGCUGGCAGGGCGGCGUGGGACACGUUAACAAGGACGUCCUCAACGAGAGGAUGCCAGAAGUGGCCUCCGAUACCAAGAUUUUGUUGUGUGGUMCUCCAGGUCUGGUCAAUGCUACCAAGAAAAAUUUGGGAGAGUUGGGAUUCGAGGAGCCCGGCGCUGUGGCCAAGAUGAGCGAUCAGAUCUUUUGCUUCUAG